CAUCGGGUUUUUCAGCUAAGGCUGCCUGCCAUGCAACAUGCAUGAUCGUUAUCUCUUUUAUUUACUUAUAUACAAAAGUGUAAGAAGGCAGGAUUUCAAAUAAAUGAGAUACCAAUCUGAACGUUGUAUUCCUCGCUGGUCUUCGUUCGCCAUUGUGGCUUAUGCAAAGCUAGAAGGGACUUUCCUUGGCAAAAGAUUUGAAAAAGUUAUUUUCGGUUUCGGUUUGACAGUUAAACAGGUCGGUCGACGUCUGAACGGGCAGCCGCUUGUGGAUUGUCAAACCGGCAGUCUUUUGCUGUGUUAAUUUAAAUAUCGUUGUCGUUUUGCGGUCUCAGGCGAACACUAAACAACCAAGUCAAACCUGGCUCGUCUGAAGUAAACAACCUGUACGUUAUGCAGAAAAUGAACUACUUCUUCCCUCUGCUCUUCGUGUGCCUGGAUGUGUGCCUGGUGCACACCAUCCGCUUGGCCCACCUCUCACCUCUCCUCAUCCCCCAUCCGUUCAUCACCCUGUGGGGAGGAGGGUUGUCCAGGGCUUUCCUUCUUUCCCUGCUUGUCCUCACCUACCCUGGAAGCCCACCGUGGAUGAGCAGCUUCAAGGGGCUGCAGCGUUUAGGGGUCCUCUGCUUCCACUUCCCGGUGUACACCACUCUUCUGUCGGCGCUGGGGAAGUCUACUGUGGAGGAACUGUGGGGGUGGCACUCCUGGGAAAGGGUGCUACAGGGUUAUGUCGUGACAGCUCUGGCGUGGCUCUACUGGAACCGAUAUGUCUCGUCUCUUUUGCUCUCCUUGGGGCAAUACAUCUCAUCUCUGUGGACGAGGACGCCGUCUGAGAAGUCCAAAGGGGACACCGGUGCCUCGCUGAAGAGACUCAUUACGUACAUGCAGCCUUAUCGCUGGCGCUUUGUUGCUGUGCUGUGCCUUGUGGUUUUGUCUUCUUAUGGUGAGAUGGCUGUUCCUCAGUACACUGGACGUGUGGCUGAUUGGAUCAUGAAUGAAGAAGCACCUGAUGCAUUCACACAGGCCAUCACAGUCAUGACUCUAAUGACUGUGGCCAGUGCUGUGCUCGAGUUUGUGUGUGACCUCAUGUACAACAUCACCAUGAGCCUCAUACACACCUCAGUGCAGGGGGCUGUCUUUGAGGCUGUGCUCAAACAGGAGAUUGCUUUCUUUGACAAAAAUUUGGCAGGUGAACUGGUGUCCCGCAUUACCACAGAUACCAACACUGUGAGCGAAGCACUGAGCGAGAAACUAAGCCUCGUGAUGUGGUACACGGCACGUUUUGCCUUUCUCUCGUUCUUUAUGAUGAGCCAGUCGUGGAAGAUGUUCCUGCUCACUUGCAUGGGACUGCCCAUCAUCUGGGUCAUACCUGAGCUCACUGGACACUUCCACCAGACUAUUGCAAAGAAUGUUCAGGAGUCACUGGCUAAAGCCAACCAGGUGGCCACAGAGACCUUCUCUCACAUAAAGACAGUGAGGAGUUUUGCCAACGAGGAUGGUGAGACAGAGCGGUACAAACGGCGGCUGGAUGAUACUUACGCCCUUAAUAAAAAGGAAGCAAUGGCCUAUGCAGCCUCUACCAUGACUAACAGCAUGUCCACUUUGGCCCUGAAGGUGUGUAUUCUGUACUAUGGAGGGACUCUCGUGACCAGGGGAGGCGUUAGCAGUGGAGACCUGGUGUCAUUCGUCCUCUAUGAACUGCAGUUUGCUUCUGCUGUUGAGGCUGUCAUGCAUUAUUACCCAGAGGUGAGGAAGGCAAUUGGUGCAUCCGAGAAGAUCUUUGAAUAUCUGGAUCGCGAGCCUGACGUACCCCCAAAGGGCUCUUUGGCCCCUCAGAGUCUUGAGGGACACAUCCAAUUCAAAAACGUUACAUUUUCCUAUUCUGGAAGGACAGACAACGAUAACUUUGCUCUCCAGGACGUUUCACUGGAACUCAAGCCGGGCCAAAUCACUGCCCUGGUGGGGAAUAACAGCUCAGGGAAGACCACAUGUGUCAAGUUGCUGGAGAGGUUUUACCAGCCUCAAGCGGGUGAGAUCCUACUGGACGGGAAACCACUGCAGAGCUACGAAGACCAGUACCUGCAUGACAAGAUCGCUGUGGUGAGCCAAGAUUGCGUGCUGUUUGCUCGCUCAGUGCGGGAGAACAUCAAGUAUGGCUACGAGGAUGCAUCUGAUGAGGCCAUGCACAAUGCUGCCAACAUGGCUAGUGCCCACGAGUUCAUCAUGAAACUGUCCAAUAGAUACGAGACAGAUGCUGGAGAGAAGGGAGGCCAGUUGUCUGGAGGCCAGAGGCAGCGCAUUGCCAUUGCCAGAGCUUUAAUCAGAAAUCCCAAAAUCCUGAUACUGGACAGCGCCACCAGUGAGCUGGACACAGAAAAUGAAUACCAGGUCAACCAGGCUUUGCUAAAGCAAACCAACAACUGCACCGUGUUGUUGAUAUCCAGAAAUAUGAGCCUUGUGGAGAAGGCUGAUCAUAUCAUUUACCUCAGCAAUGGGAUGGUAAAGGAGGAGGGCACUCACGAUGAGCUGCUGAGGAGAGGUGGCCUCUACGCUCAACUGGUCAAAAAUGAGAAUAGGAGCUUUCACCGUCAACAAAAGGAAAGGAGUGAUACCCAUUGAUUCAUGCUGACUGUGAUUGUCCUCAAGACAGAGGAGGACAGAGGACAGAGGAGCAGACGAGUUACUGAAAGGUUGCUGAUUAAAUGUCCGGGUUUAAAGGGGCACUUCACCCCAAAGUCAAACAUACAGACUUUUCUUCUUGUCUGUAACUCACCAACAAAUCAGUCUGGCCAUAUAUAUAUAUAUCUAUCUAUAGAGAGAGAGAGAGAGAGAGAGAGAGAGAGAGAGGUAUAUAUACCUCUAAUAUGGGCUGUAGACACCACAGCCCAUAUUAGAGGUGUUGCUGGAGUUUAUGUCCCUCAACAAUAUUUCCCUUCUCCGUACACAAUGGAAGUAGGAAUUAGUACUUCAUCACAAUAAUGCAUGUCACUAUCAGAAUUACAAUUCAUACAAAUUUAAAUUCGAAUUUCAGUCAGGCAGUGGUAUCUGAUCCUCGUCCUCAGUGUUGGGCUGUGGCAGCGCUACAAAUAUUGGCCUUACUAGUUUAACUACGUUUCUGAGUAACGUGGAGGUCACUGUUUUUCCAAUGCAAAAAGCCUUUCAGUAACUUAGCUCUUUUAUUGAUCGAGACUGUAGUGUGGUAGCGUCCACUCAGGCUGCUCCAGCUUUUUCCAAGCACUUCUAAAGUUGGUUUCCAGUAUGGUCUGAAGUAAAAGUGCUAAGGAUCAGUGAGUGCCACCAUCGCCACACACAGACGUGUGACGGUGGUGACAUCACUCGCCGUUCAUUACAGACGUGUGAACAUGGCUUUUCGUUCCUCUGCCACUGUGGUUUGAGCUGUAGUCUAAUUUUCAGUAAACUUCAGAGUUUUUCCUUUAAGUCAAAGACAAAUUAUCUUUAUUGUCAAUACCAUAUGUACCAGACGUAAGACAAGUCUAAGUGCACAUCCACACACACAAACACACAUACACAUUAAAAACAAGCCUUAUUGUUAUGUUAUUAAAAGUUGUUAUGUGUGUUAUUAUGUUGUUUAUUUUGCCAAAUUGGUUUUAGAGAAGUCAGAGAUGUCAGAGAGCACAGGAUAUUAUUUAAAAAAAUCAUCAUAACAUUUUUUUUUGUCUGUCUGUUGACAGUUUUAUUGAUCAAUGAAAUAGCGAUGUCUUGGAAUGAUGUUAGUUCAGUUUUAAAGGAUUAAACUAUUUUUGUUGUCGCUUUUGUUUACUACAUUUAAUUUAUAAUGAAGCGUAAAUGCAGCUUCCAACACUGCAGGUUCCUACCGAGCAGCUCCCAUAUGAUAAUAUGUGUGAACGAGAAUCAUGUCAAAGAGAGUUAAUGAUGAUUACAUAAUGAAUUGAUUCAUACACUUGAGAAGUGUUCAGUGCUGCACUUUUUUAAUGUUGAAAUUUCUAACUUUCUGCUUGUAUAUAUUUUUCACAUUUUUCUGUUUUAUUUUUAUUUUUAACACAGCUGAACACUGUUUCCCUCCCUAUAGUUUCCACAAUAAAUCUAAUGAAUUCUUUUCUUUUCUUAA